AAAGGCCUAGAUCUUUUCCAUUUCUCCAUUUAGAUCUAUUUCAUGUUCGCGCUGUCUCGCUUUACUCUCUCUCCUCCAUUCAACCGUACUCCGAAUUUCUGCAUUGAAACAUCUUGCGAGCUUUCUCUCCUCCAUUAAAGCUGCUUCUCAGCUUUUGAGAAGGUGAUUAACAAGAAGAGGAGAGAGAAAUGGCGCAUCGGCUACUCCGAGAUCUCGAGGCCGAUGGCUGGGAACGCUCCGACUUCCCUAUUAUCUGUGAAUCUUGCCUCGGUGACAAUCCUUAUGUUCGCAUGACUAGAGCAGAAUAUGACAAGGAAUGUAAGAUCUGUACAAGGCCAUUUACAGUUUUCCGCUGGAGACCAGGCCGAGAUGCAAGAUACAAGAAAUCAGAGAUUUGCCAGACUUGCAGUAAAUUGAAAAAUGUUUGUCAAGUAUGCCUCUUGGAUCUUGAGUAUGGUUUGCCGGUCCAGGUUCGAGACACUGCUCUUAGCAUCAGCACCAGUGAUGCUAUUCCCAAGAGUGAUGUCAAUAGGGAGUAUUUUGCAGAGGAACAUGACCGCAAGGCAAGAGCUGGUUUGGAUUAUGAAUCCUCUUACGGAAAGGUGCGGCCAAAUGACACGAUUUUGAAGCUUCAGAGAACAACACCAUAUUAUAAAAGAAACAGAGCACAUGUUUGCAGUUUCUAUAUUAGAGGCGAAUGUACGAGAGGUGCUGAGUGUCCUUACAGGCAUGAGAUGCCUGUCACAGGGGAGCUGUCACAGCAAAACAUUAAAGAUCGUUACUAUGGAGUGAAUGAUCCAGUUGCAAUGAAGCUCCUCAACAAGGCUGGUGAAAUGCAGACACUUGAGCCUCCGGAUGAUGAGAGCAUCAAGACUCUGUAUGUUGGUGGACUUGAUGCCAGGGUUACUGAACAAGACCUGAGGGAUAACUUCUAUGCCCAUGGUGAAAUUGAUUCUAUACGGAUGGUUCUUCAGCGAGCUUGUGCAUUUGUAACUUACACCACCCGAGAAGCUGCUGAGAAGGCUGCAGAAGAGCUCUCCAACAAACUUGUCAUAAAGGGUCUGAGGCUGAAGCUGAUGUGGGGUAGACCUCAACAACCCAAGCCCGAGAUUGAUGGUGCUGAACAGGCAAAGCAACAGGCUGCAGUGGCACAAAGUGGGAUGCUUCCUAGAGCUCUUAUAUCUCAACAACAAAGUCACCUUCAUCCUCCUGGCACAAGUCAGGAUCAGAUCCAUCCAAUGCCUUAUUUUAACAUUCCAGCCCCACCUCAGCAGGAGAGGACCUUAUAUCCGUCAAUGGAUCCCCAGCGAAUGGGUGCCCUUGUUUCAUCACAAGAUGGGUCUGGAUCCUCAAAUGGACCUUCAGUAUCGGGGGAAAACAAAACUGGGUCCGCAUCUGAGAAGCAUCCUCAAAACCACCAACCAUAUGGCUACCAGGGGAUGCCACCUCCUCCAGGUCACUUUCAACAGCCAUAUUACCAACCAUAUGGUGGUUAUAUGCCACCGCCACCACCUCCACCUCCACCUCCACCUCCACAUUACCAGCAGUAUCCUCCUGCUCAAUACCACCAACCUGCAGUGGCUCCCCAACCUCCAUCUCAGCAGCAGCAGCAGCAGCAGCAGCAGCAACAACAACAACAACAAUAGUAUCAUCAGGGGCCUUUCAUGAUUAAGAUGUACUUUAUGUAUAAUUGAGAUGUUGCUUUCCCUUAUUGGAGCCUCUCAUUUUCGGCAAUGUAUUUCGAAUAUAGAUUCCCUUUUUACUAAGUCUCAAUCCUUAUCAUGAAGAUUUAAUUCAAAAUUCAUAGUAUUAUGAGGUUGGAAUCAUGGUUUUUUUU